AAAUGGAUCAGACGGUGGAUGUUUCCCGCCUGCUCCCAUUUCGCGCCAAGAAAGAGAGAAGCAAAACCCUAGCCAUUGAUUUCAAAUACUCUCUCUCUCUCUCUCUCUCUCUCUCUCUCGCUGAAAAUGCAGAGCUCGAAUCGUCUAUCUUUCUUCCAAGAACUCAGAACCAGAGAGCUCCAUGGAUUCAGAGUGCGGAAAAGGCCCUACCUUGGCAACCUAUCGUCGGAUUCCGGCGGCCCCGGGACUGGAGUCGUGAUGAUAGAGCACGACGGUCAUCCCUCUCCCCCAUUGGCGGUUUCUUUCUGCAAGAUGUGUAGAAAUAGUCAUUUUCUUGCUGUUUCGGAUGAGGACGGGUACAUUAGUUUCUAUGACACCCGCUCAAAGCUUCCAUCUUUUGCUUCUUGCCGGCAAAAUGCAGAGGAAGCUCGGGUUUGUGAUUGGGUUGCACACCAUAAUGCCAUUUUCGAUGUCUGCUGGACAAAGGAUGACACUCAAAUUCUGACAGCUUCGGGUGAUCAAACUAUAAAAGUCUGGGAUGCAGAGAAAAAGAUAUGCAUCGGGGUCAUGAUGGAGCACAAAGGCAGUGUGAAAUCAUUGUGUUCGCACCCAUCUAAUCCUGACCUAAUUGUAUCUGGUUCAAGAGAUGGAUCUUUUGCGCUCUGGGACUUGAGAUGCAAAUCUAGUUCCAAAAGUCGAUUUGGUGAACUAUGCUUAAUGCCAACUUCUGUUAUCAAAGGAGCACAUAUUUAUCCCCAAGGAAAGCGAGCUAGGCGUGGGCCUAAAAAGCACCUGAAGGCUGCUAACAUGAGCAUCACAUCAGUUCUUUACCUCAAAGAUGAAAUUUCCAUUGCCAGUGCAGGAGCAGUGGACAGCAUUGUGAAAUUCUGGGACACUCGAAGCCUGAAAGCCCCAGUUAUUCAGACAUGUCCUCACAUUGAGCUAUCUGUUGAAAAGGAAAGAGGGCUGCAUGGGAUAUCUUCCCUAUCCCAAGAUUCAAAUGGUGUAUUUCUUGCUGCUUCUUGCAUGGACAAUAGUAUUUACCUAUAUGAUGUACUACAGCUCGAUAAAGGCCCCUUGAAAACUUUCUCGGGCAGCCAAAUUGAGUCAUUUUAUGUAAAGUCAUCGAUCAGCCCUGAUGCUUCUCACAUUCUUGGUGGUUCUAGUGAUGGAAAUGCUUACAUUUGGCAGGUAAGGAAACCUGAAGCAGGUCCCAUCGUGUUGAAAGGGCAUGAAGGAGAAGUUACUGCUGUAGAUUGGUGCUCAUCAGAGACUGGAAAGAUAGCGACUUCUGCUGAUGAUUUCAUGGUCCGCAUCUGGAACAUCCAGAAGGGUAGUUGCUCGUAUACAAGAUCUCCAUCCUGCAUUAGAAGGAGAGUAACUGCGAUCCCAAGCAUGGAGUGUAGAAGGCUGGUUAUGGAUGAACCUGCUUCGGACCCCACACAUGCCAUCAGCAGAUGCUCUCCUUCAAAAGAGACCUUGAUCGAUCAUCACUCCCCCAGUAAAAUCAAAAUGCUCGAAAUCAGUACACCUGAAUCCGCGAAGAAGAGGAUUUUUUCUGAUUCCUUUUUAAAGGGAGAGGAGAUGCAGAAGACUCCAGAGGAUGCGUUGAAGAGUCCAUCUUCUGUUCUCAACCCACCCCCGUCCUUGAAAAGAAGAACCAUCCGGGACUACUUUAUAGCAACCUCAUGAAAUAUGGGAUUUGUGGCUUUUUGGGUUCUCUCUUUUGUAUUAUAGAAAAGAUUGGAAUACGACAGUUGUGCGAAAUAUGAGGCCAUUCUCUCAUGCAGUUUGCAAUCAUUUCUACUAUGGGCAUAAUUGAAGUGUAUAGAAGGAUUUUUUUGGUUAUCGAUCUAUAUGGUUGAAGAGAAGUUAUCAAGACAGAUAAUAUAUCUUUUAGAGAGCUGAUCACGUACAGCUGAAGUAGGCUGCCUUGUCAUGCAGCGGCUUCUUUGCCACCAACAUGAUGCGUGUGUAGGAUGUCCCUACCAUGCAAAUGGUAGGCCCCACCUUGGAGAACCUGAUGGCUGUGACUGUAUCUCUAGUCAGACUGACAGCUAUCCAUUGAUUCCAACAGUGUGUCCCAUCUUAAUGAGAGGAUCUGCCUGAUUUUUGUGCCAGGUGAUGUUCAUGGAGGGGCCUACCAUUUGCAUGGUAUGGAUUUCCUAUGUUGGCGGAAAGGACUGUGGCCACUGCAUGGCAAGUUAGUGUUACUUUCUGCUUUAUGUGAUUAAUUCUCUCUUACACCAUCGGUCUUUGUAUGAGAAUAAAUUGGAUUGCUGUUGUAUGAAGAGAUUUUCACAGCACAGGAGGAACUGGUUUAUUGAAUCCCAUGAAAUUGUAGAUUGUUAGCAUUUUA